GCCAGUCAUAGGACUACGCGAAGUCCCGACGCACAUACCCGGGAAAACGCGGGAAGUUUCUAUUUUCGCGCCCAUUGUUUUCAAAAGUUGACGUUCUUUGUUUAAUUGCGAACUCUGCUGUAAAAGCUUGUCUUUGAUUAAAUUACAGUUUUUAAAAUUGGAAUCUGACUUUAGUGAUUUGUGCUCGUAUUUGUGACAUUAAUUGGUGUUGUUGAUGUGAUAAAUAAGUAUACGGAUUAUAAGUAUUUAAUUUGUAUUUGUGUGACAAAAAAAUAUUCUAAAAAUGAAAACGUUUUAAAUAGAUAUAAAUUUGAAUUCGAUUUCAAAAUGUGGAAUCCUAACGGCAUGGAAAAUAGGCAGUUGGAAAAGCGAGUAGUGGUUGGUAGAGUGCGGCCUACGUGGGCUCGGAACUUACCUGAAGCGAGGGAGGAUGAAGACAAGAGUGACCAGGAAGCUGGUGUCAUGCCUCACAGUGAGCCCCCGUCACCCACAGAACCCUGGGAACAUCCUGUGAAGCAAGAAGAUAAAUACGAUGUUUUUGGGAAGGUGAUGCUGCUAGGCGACAGCGGCGUCGGCAAGACCUGCAUGCUCGUGCGUUUCCGUGAUGGCACCUUCCUAUCCGGAAACUACAUAUCCACCGUCGGCAUCGACUUCCGGAAUAAGGUGGUAACUGUAGACGGCAUCAAGGUGAAGCUCCAAAUUUGGGACACAGCAGGGCAGGAGCGGUUUCGCAGCGUCACACACGCAUACUACAGAGAUGCACAUGCUUUGCUGCUAUUAUACGAUGUGACAAACAAGACUAGCUUCGACAAUAUACGCGCCUGGCUUGGGGAGAUCCGGGAGUACGCCCAGGAUGACGUCGUCAUCAUGCUUUUAGGAAACAAAUCCGAUAGCGGCCUAGAGCGGGCGGUGAGGCGGGAGGAAGGACAGCGCUUGGCGAGAGAAUAUCAAGUCGCUUUUAUGGAGACAUCAGCCAAAACCGGACUAAAUGUAGAAGCGGCCUUCGCUCAUGUAGCACGCUCUCUAGUCGCGAAAGCGAACCCCAUCGACUCAGCGCGUCUUGCCGUGCGCGCGCAGCCCACUCAGGAACAACGGUCUUCGUGUCCAACGUGCUCAUAAAAUUUGCGCGCGAAAUUCAAACUUGAAUGCGUAAUAUCAGAACGUGACAUGAACGUGGACCAAAUAAAAAUAGAUGUGUUGUUGUAAAUUCAAAACAACGCCAUCUAUGUGAAUUAAAGGUGGAAGCAGCAGAAAAUGGAAGACAGGAAAUGUACCUAUUGUAAAUACGUAGUAUUUUAUUUAUGAACCUAAUAAUCAUUUAUCAGUCAGCCAGAUAUCCGCACAACAAUAAUUAUUUAUUGUGCUCAACCUAGAAGCCUAGUUACGCUACAAUAGGAUGGCUGUUUAUUUUAGUAGCACAUUACUAACUCUUAUUAUUUAUAUUUUAUUCCAUAUUUUUAUAAAUUAUUUUAAAGGAUAGUCACAAAACCCGUAAGUAAACUAAUGACCAGCUCAAAUAUCUUGAGAAGGGUGAUAUUUGUAUUAACACUGCACUAUUAAUCAACAACAACUUUACAUAUCCAUUUGUGUAAAGGCGUAAAAUGCAAUUUAAAUUAAUUCGAUUCGAUAAAGAUGUACUGAAUAGUAUUUUACAAAAAUAAUGUUAUUAUAUUUACCUUUGUCUUUAAGAUAGUGUAUCAUUUAAAUCUAGGUAUUGUUAUUGAAAAAUAAAUCUAAAAUAUGACAUGAUUCUAAACCCGAACUAGCCUCCAUAAUUUGCUACCCCUAAUUUAUUUUGCCCGGACUACGUCAAUUUAAACUAGCGAAUAAUACGCCACUUGCUGAAAUUGAAUUCAGUCGAAAGAAAAGUGAUUAAAAAGCAUAUCUUAGGAAGCAACAAAAUAAUUUUGCGAUGUCAACAGAAAAGUAUAUAUAAUUAAACAUAUAUGUGAUUUGUCCCUAAACAAUAAUUUAUUUGCUUUAUCGUAAUUGAUUGAUUUGAAAGUAGAAUUAUAAAUACUUGAUAUAAUAAUGCAAUGUAACAAAAUAAAUACACCAAACAAUUCACCAUUCCAAUCAAAUGUAUUGCUAUUUAAUAAGAUAUUAAAUAGGUAUUGUUAUAAAAUUGUUUAAUAAAAUGUUUAAACUGCUAUGGAAACAAUAAAAAUGUAAAAAAAUGUCGCAUCUGUGUGUAUGUACAUUAUUAUACUUCUCAAUGUUGUAACACUUGAUGUUGCUUGUGGAAUAAAUAAAUUAUACAUUACAAGAA